AUGUCGUCGUACUUACCAUCUGAUGUCGUUCCCCUUUAUCGUUCCCACAAUUUUAUAGCUAAAGGUAAUUGUGGUUUAAGAGUUGAGCUACAGGAUAUUAAAACUGGUCACAGCAGUAAUAUCAUACCUGAAUCAGUCUUGACUGAUGAACUGACAUCAACAGCACAGGAUAUGAUAUGCUCACCAAAUGUUACAGAAGUUUAUUCACGUUCUGACCUGAAAACCAUUACCGAUUUUGUGGAACCCAUUGCAAAAGAUAUUAAAUUACUGACAGCUUCUCUGCAAAAUGUUUUAAGUAGUACAUCUGAAACCCCAGGCUCAUGUUCAUAA